UUUGUCCUCACUUGCCCAGUUCCCACACCUUCACGUGACCUUCUUCUUCCUCUUCCAACAACGUUGGUCACCGAGUUUUGAAAAAAAAAGAAGAAAGAAGUUAAAAAAAAACCACAAUCAGAUUCAGAUCUGCUAACUACUUCUUACAUGACCGCAUCAACGGCGUAAAUAUCUUCAUAGUUCAACUCCACCCAUGUCUCAACCACCUCGUAGCUUCUCUUUAGUGACUUUACUAGUUUGCUCUGUUUUCGCCAUAGCCGAAGCUUCUAAUGCAUGUUCUUCUUCUUCUUCUCCAUCGCUUUGUCCACCCUUUAAUUCAUCUCCGCCUUUCCCCUUCUCUUCUUCGCCGGGCUGUGGCCAUCCCAAUUUCCAGAUCCAUUGCGCGACUCCACGCGCCGUCGUCCUCAUCAACAACCUCUCCUUCUCUCUCCUUCGCUACGACCCUCAGUCCACCACUCUCCUUCUCUCUCCUGUGUCUUCGCCGCGUCUGCACUCGAACCGGAGCUACUGUUCUUCUCACCGGUUCUCCUCCGUACCCGUCCAGUUCAUCGACCUCUCCGGUUCGCCGUUCCGGGUCUCUGACUCGUCCUGCUCUCGUCUCUCGCUUCUCCGGCCGUGCUCGCCUCUGAUUCUACCGAACUGUAGCCAUUGCCCUUGGGACUGCAAGCUCUUGAAGAAUCCCGCCCGGAUUCUCCAUGGCUGUGAACGCACUCGCGGUUCGUCGUCGUUGGCCGAGCAAGGAUGUCAGGGAGAUCUUUUCGGGUUUCUGGAUGAUUUUUUCUCCAGAUUUGGUUUCGAAGUGGAAUGGGACGAAUCUCAGGAUCCGUAUUUCGUCAAAUGCAGAUCCUGCGUUGCCAAGGACGGAGUCUGUGGCUACAAUUCAUCCGAUCCGAACAAGGGCUUCCUCUGUUUUCAAUCAAGAUCCGAAUUUUCACCCGUCUGGGUCGUCGGCCGGGACAAACGAGUCAAUCACGUCGCCGUGUUAUGUCUGAUCUUCGCGCUGACAUGUCUUUUGAUGGCUGUCUCCGUCGGCAUAGCGAUUUUCCGAUCACGGAAGUCGAGAAUGUCCUCUGUAAACGAAGAAGACCCGGCGGCUCUGUUCCUCCGCCGCCACCGCUCCGCCAGUCUCCUUCCUCCGGUCUUCACCUACGAAGAGCUUGAAUCCGCCACCAAUAAGUUCGACCCGAAGCGCAAGAUCGGAGAUGGCGGAUUCGGGUCGGUCUACUUGUGCCACCUCCGCGACGGCCAGCUCGUCGCCGUGAAGCACCUCCACCACUACGGCGCCUCCGCCGCCGCCGCCGGCAAGGCUUUCUCUAUGAAAUCUUUCUGCAACGAGAUCCUGAUUCUCUCCUCCAUCAAUCACCCGAACCUCGUCAAGCUCCAUGGUUACUGCUCUGACCCGAGAGGUCUCCUCCUCAUCUACGAAUACGUUCCCAACGGCACACUCGCCGACCAUCUUCACGGCCGGAAAAGUUUAUACCGGAAAUCGACGUUGACGUGGCAAGUUCGCGUCGAGAUAGCUCUUCAAACGGCUUUGGCUUUAGAGUAUCUUCACUUCGCCGUUACUCCUCCGGUAGUCCACAGGGACAUCACAUCGUCGAACAUCUUCGUGGAAAGGGACAUGAGAAUCAAAGUCGGAGACUUUGGUCUGUCCAGGGUCAUGGUCUUGUCCGUGACGACGACGGUUACGUCAGCAUCGUCGUCGGAGUACGUGUGCACGGGCCCGCAGGGGACGCCGGGAUACUUGGAUCCGGACUACCACCGGUCGUUUCGGCUAACGGAAAAGAGUGACGUGUACAGUUACGGCGUUGUGUUGAUGGAGCUGAUAACCGGAAUGAGGGCGGUGGAUCAACGCCGUGAGAAGCGGGAAAUGGCGUUGGCGGAUCUGGUCGUGUCCAAGAUCCAGAUGGGCCUUCUCAACCAGGUUGUCGACCCGCUUCUUGCCCUAGACGCCGCGGCGAUGUCCGGCGGAGACGGCGGCGGAGUCCCGGCGUUGGCGGAGCUGGCUUUCCGGUGCGUGGCGGCGGACAAGGAUGAUCGCCCCAACGCGAGGGAGAUCGUGGCGGAGCUGAGGAGGGUCGGGAGGUGUACACGUGGGGACGGUGAUGACGUGGCGAAAAGUUGACUACUUGACUAGAUUUCCGCUGAUGGUGGCAUGAUGAGAAGGGAGGGUGACGUCAUACAUGGCCCCACGUGCGCAUGGUUAUGUGGGGGCCACCGAGCUCUAAUGUCAGAUGGCACACUCGCAUGAGUUGAGUUAGAACUACAACUACUUGGGAGUGCGGUUUCAUUCGUGUUCUUGAGAUUUUGCAAAGUUAGUUAAGAGAUCUUCAAGUGUACCUACUUCGAUCUGGUGAAAUACAUCAUCCAACUUUUAUUUCAGAUUGAUAAUAACUUUUUUUCCAUCA